CAACACGCCUCACCUGUGUGGACCACACCGCCUCCCGCUGCAAACCGGCCGCGCUUCGCUGUCCCGGCACUGCCGCGCCACCGCCACCGGCUCCGUUCCUCCGCUGUCGCACGGAAUCCGUAGAAGUGGAUAGCAGUCAGUUUCACGGAGGUGAUGUGGGCGCGGUGAGAGCGGCGGCCAUGUAUAAGAGUGCCAUCGUCUCGGCGGGCGGCGGCUCCGUGACGCCGGUGGCCACGCCCUCUCCCGGCGCCUCGUCCACCUCCAGCUCGCGGCCCGACAGCGGAGGCGGAGGCGGCGGCGGCGGAGGCAGCGUCCCUCUGGAUGAAGCCGUCGGGAAACUGCUCGAAGGGUACGACUGGACACUACUACCCGUGACGCAGAAGUCGUCAGCGAAGAGGAAGCAGCACAUCAAGCGGCCGAUGAACGCGUUCAUGGUGUGGGCGCAGGCGGCGAGGCGCAAGCUCGCCGACCAGUAUCCGCAGCUGCACAACGCCGAGCUCAGCAAGACGCUGGGGAAGCUCUGGAGGAUUCUGAGUGAGGAGGAGAAACAGCCCUUCAUCGAGGAGGCAGAGAGGCUCCGAAACGCCCACAAGAAGGACCACCCCGAGUACAAGUACCAGCCGCGCCGCCGCAAGCCGCCCAAGACGUCGGCCGCGAUGGGGGUGGGCGUGGGCGUGGCCGCCGUGUCCCCAGGCAGCGACGCCGACCUGCCCUCCACCUCCGGCGUCAGCUCCACCUCUCCGGACAUCGGGCGCUGCCACGGCCGUAUGAAGGCGGAGCCAGACUGCAGCUUCGCCAAGCUGUACGAGCGAGACCUGGACGGGCCUCGCCCAGUGGAGGACCUGCCGCUGGCGCACAAGCCCGCCUACUCCUGUGCGCACGCGCAGUACUCGUUGGAGGCCAGUGAGCAUCACCACUUGCACCACCACCCGCACCAAGGCUUUCGGCCGGCCGCCGGAGCGGCGGGCUUCAUGUACGGGUCGCCGCUGGAGGCGGCGGCAGUGGGCGGCCGCGGCGGGCCGGUGCCGGCGGGGGCAGCGCACGGGGGCGGCGGCAACGCGGCCGGGGGCGGAGCCGGGCCCGCAGGGCCCGCCGCGUACGGCGCGGCCACGGACUUCCUGCACCCUCACCUGGCUGCGGGCGCGCCUCCACCCCCCGUCUCUGCGCCGGCGCCGCCUCCCGCCUUCCCCACCGCGUCCCACGCGCACCACCAGUCCUUCUACGCAUACGGUCCUCCUCAGGGGCCAUAUUACAUGGCACCUAGGUAACCGCGCGGCAGUGUUCCGCUGGCUGCUCUGUCGUCGACUACAGGACCGCUAAUAUGCACAGAAGCCACGGGGGCUUCCUUCCGGACUCGUUCCGCAGACUUCCGUCCUGCCACCUUUCGGCGAGGACUGAAUCACGUCAGUGGUCCAGACUUCCUAGCAACUACUACCCAGUGAUUUUGUCUUUUACACCUGAUAUGCUAUCCGAGACUCACGAGUAACCCAGUCGUGACAAGAAAGUACAACAACAUUCAGUUGUGGGAAUGGGACAACAGAAGACCUUUUAAACCAUUGUGUUCAAUUAAAACUGUAUGGUGUACUGGAAGUGCAACCCUGAUCUCAAAAUUCUGCCAGCACUCAGUUCAGGUUUCAGAACACGCUUUACAGAUCGACUCCAAGCUACGACCUAGUACAACAACGGAUGUACCAGAACUCCAGCAAAAAAUGCCCUUGUUGUUGUUCUUCUUCUCCUUCUCCUCCUUGUCCUCCUUAUUCCUCACCUUUUCACGCUUCUCUACAGGAUUGGCAUUGUUAUAUGGGUUUUGGCAAUGUCAGUGACAGUGGCGGCCAGGUGCCCUUCUUGACGCUACUACUCCCCUGGGAUGGGAAUUGUUUGCCAUACCUUCUGCGUCUAGAAUAAAUUACGUUUUCAAGAAUGAGAAUGUUUUUCUGCAUGUUUAAGCACCAUGUAUCUGAGGCUGCCCCAAAAAUUCCUGCGAAACCACAUGCAGGUUGGCUGGCGACCCUGCCCUAGUUCUUAAUACUCAAGGCGGAUUUCACCCGGCUCAAAAUCAUUUGCCCAAAGCCCAGAAACGGCCCAAUAGCGCGCUCUGCCGUCUGGGUGCGUAAAUAAAAAGUUCGGAGGUCGUUCAGGAUACCUUCAGAAUGUGGCUCAGUGCAGAGUAAUAACUAGAGUUGUAAAACUACCUUAGGCUGCGCCAGACUAUGGUACGUAAGCAUAGACUAUGAUAGUUUAUCUAAUAGCUUUGGCCAUUUAAGGUCGCAACCGCAUUACCUGCAUGUUAGGGGUGUUGCAUACCUAUCACGCAUUAGUUCGUUAACAUAUUGUGCCACACUACUGACCCGUAGUUUUGGUAGAACACGACUCUAGUAAUCAGGUGGUUAUGAGUUAUUUGGUUUGUUUCACCAUUUACCUUUGUUUCCGUGAAAAUACCUGCACAACAAUGAAAAAAACCAGUAAUACGCAAUCACCAAAGCUUACAACACAGAGCAAUGCAAUAACCCCAGAAACAAAGGUACCGUGAUGCGGUCUCCGUCGCUGUGGGAACAUCUCAGCAAAGAUUCGUUGUGCUGCUCUUCCAAGGUAUUCAGUGAACUCGUUAAGUGAGUUAUACGUCGGUCAACUCCUCAUCAGUGGAACUGUCUAUGACGCUGUCAACGUACAGUUAACACUGCCGUAAAACAAACACGAGACAGAAGCAAGCAGUACUGAAUACAAGCUUCAGAACGAAGGGUAAAGUAGGCAUUAUUGUUUCCAACAGAAAAUACCGUGAAAGAACGGGACAAGAUCGUUUACAAGCAAGACACACAAUGAAUACCGUCGAUAUUUGCACUGUUGCGCCGAUGUUUUCGGUGCAGUACCGAUACUAAGAUACACCGGGCUACUCUGUAACGAGCCACCGGAGACCACUGGUCUUCAAUACCAGAAUACUCUAAAAAUAUACUAGAACAAACUCCGAAAUUUUUUUGGUGGAUACCGUAGAGUUCAUGGCGGUAGUGCUUGCAGCAUUGCUAGUCACUUCUCGUUCUAAUCCAAUCGCUUUUGUACCGAGUAGACGCGACUGUCUGUACAGACUAUCAUCUAUUUUACCUUCUUCUGACUACCCGUAUGUGAGAUGUCGAUGGAGACUGUUGGCUGCUGCAUAAUGCACCUCGCAUACCAGUUCUAUAAAUUUACUCAACAGGAUUUUUCGCAAACAACGCUGUCCACCAAAGAUGAUCAUUUAACUUCCCUGAGCAAUCUACUGCUCUUCCAAAAUCUCGUACUCUUUACGCUGAAGCCCAACUUGUGGUUAAACCAUUCUCCAUCUCACGUAAUACAGAUUUUAAUCCGAAGAUUAGUUUGAACCCGCCACUGCUGUGCAAAGCACUCUACUAUUGCAGGUAUGACCUCAGCCUCUUGAAUCUUAUGGUCCGAAUCACAUGACCUAUAUGAGGAGGGUCUACAUUUUAAUAUGUACUUCUAGCCAAGGACAGACAGGACACUGCCGCAAAUAAUUUGUUGAGUACCAUGAAAGGAGCAGAGAUCACCGACAGAUUUAACCAGAAGUAUAGUAUUCGUAAUCUGAUAUUUAUUCAAAUAUCCACGCAGCCUUCUCUUCAUUAUAUUUUUGUUAAUUCUGCAACAGUAGCUGGUCAGCCGUUCCUGACUAUGGAACUGAGGACGUAAGUAUGGUGUCAUUUUGAAGCUCUGAGUCAGUACAUAAAGAGGGCUCCAACUAGGAGAGUAUGAGGACAGCAGAGAUUGGAGUUAGGGACGCAAGCAAGUAGAUAGUUUUAAUCUGUAGAAAUAUCAGAUCAGCUUAGAGAAAUAAAAUUCCUUCUGUCAAAGUGCUGUGGCCGAAAUUGUGGCCACAUCUGAGCCAAACGGGGUGCACUGUCUCCGAAACAAAGACACGCCACUCGAUUGUAAGAACAACACCAUAUUAAGACGCAAGACGAACAAAUGUUUUCGUUUUGUGUGAGAUCUGGAACCAUUCGACAUUUUCCCUAAUGGAUGAUUUUAUUCGGCAAGACUACUGGCUUUUUAGCUUUAUCGCUGAUCAGCUGAGAGUGUCCCAUCACUCAUCAGUUCUGUAGAAGAAAUCUGGAUCAGCCAACAAAGGAGUCGUUUUCAAAUUGGACAGCGAGUGCGAGAGCGAUAUGGACCUUGUGUGACGGACUUAAAAUCAAUGGUUUCCUAAUUUAUAAACUAUUUCUCGUUUUUGUUACAGUUUGAUGCAUUGUAUGUUUGAAGACUUAAGUAAACAAUUAAAAUCA